AAAAAAAUAAGUUACUUGGAAUAAAAUUUUCAUUACAUAUGUGGUUGAACUUGAACUUACAACUUAUGUCGUGAUGUUUACUAUUGGGGCUAUUAGCAAAGACGCGACCCGUGUGUCUCGGCUCUCUGCCAUUAUUAAGAAGGUGCAAAAAGAACAUCCAAAAAUCCACGAUGAACCACCAGGUCAUUCAUUCAUCAACACAAAAGCGGAGGUUUUGGACUUUGAAGUUCCUGAAUGCAGCUUAAUAGUGGCAGCUGAAGUAAAAUAUGGAAGAAGGCUUCAGAUUAAGCUAGAAGCUUUUCGUUUUUUAGCUUUUGUUGGAGUAGGAGUUUCAGUUGGCCUAGUGGCAUUUCUGAUCUUAUUUGUUCACGAAGAAUUGGCUGUAUUGAAGAAUAAGCUAUUGAUAAAUGUUAUUGACAAACACAGCAUAGUGUCGCCCUUGUCUAUAUUAGUGUGGUUUGGCGGUGUACUUAUUCCUGCUAUGAUCGGAUGCUUGUUAGUUGUUUUCAUUGAACCGAAAGCUGCAGGUGGUGGUGUUGCUGGCAUAGUCGGCUUCGUUAAUGGAGUCGAUACAUCUGCAACAUUAACUAUGAAAAUUUUACUUAUUAAAUCGAUCAGUGUUAUCUGCUGUAUCACCGCGGGACUGGCUGGUGGAAUGGAAGGUCCGUUGGUGCACAUAGGAACAAUUGUGGGCGCUUGCUUACCAGACUUUAAAAUUUUGGCAUAUGAACCAUUACGGUAUCUAAGAACGGAUUAUGACAGAAGAGAUCUUGCCGGAGGUGGAAUAGCCUGUGGAAUUUCUGCUGCAUUUUUUGCUCCAAUAGGUGGCUUCGUGAUGGCCAUGGAGGAAGGAAUGAUAUAUUGGAACCUAAAAAUAAUCUUCUAUAUUCUAGUCAGCUCUAUGAUGACAGAUAUUAUAGUUACAUCAUUGAUGUCAAUACUUUUUGGAUGUUCAGGUUGUUUGAGCGCAAAGUCUUUUCUCUUCUUUUCUAUUAUCAAUGAAAUAGAAUUCACCUAUCAUUUUCAUUAUUGGUUACUUUAUUUUUUGGAAGCAGUGAUUGCCGGACUUAUUGGAGCAGCAUGGAACUCAAUCCAAACACGAUUGAUUAUUUGGCGUAAAAAAUAUAUUAAAUUUAGGUGGCACCAAAUUCUAGAAAUGUUUAUUGUGUCUUUCGUAACAGCCACAUGUGGUUGGAUUAUGUUGUUCAUGUUUAAGAGUCGCUGUGUUCAUGAACCUCAUCAUGUUGAAGGAUUCCAUUUUGGCGCACUUAAGAUGGAGUGUAAGAAAGAUGAAAUAACAGCCAUAGGCACAUUGCUUACUCAUACUCAAUCAAAUGCUAUCCGUUUCCUCUUUAAUGACUCAGAUGAAUUUGAUGCCCCAACACUUGCAAUAUUCAGUGUCAUAUUUUUCUUCCUAAGUGUUUGGACUAUGGGCACAUUUAUUUCUGCGGGUAUUUUCAUACCUAAUCUACUUCUCGGUAGCGUUUGGGGUAGGCUUUAUGGAGAAUUAUUUAAAAAGUUACUUUUUUCAAGAGAUGAAAACUUCAGGCCUUCUGUAUUUGCAAUUAUUGGCGCAGCAUGCCAGCUGUGUGGUGUGAUCAGGAUACCAUACACACUCGGCGUUAUAAUGAUGGAAUCUUCAGGCACGAUGCAAUAUGUAAUCCCAGUUUUCUUGUCACAGAUAAUAACGACAAUUGUCGGAAAUAUAUUCAAUCAUUCAAUAUAUCAUACUCAGUGCUUCCUCGCCGGUAUGCCGAUCGCAGAAACAGAGCCUCCACCAUUCUGCAUGGACAUCGAAGUGCAAACUUUAAUGAGCACGGCUAUUAAAUCAUUCAAGAGAAAAGAGAAAAUUCAUAAUAUUAUAGAAAUGUUGAAAAACACGAAACACAACAUGUAUCCCAUCCUGAAACAUAAGACCUUAGAGGGAACAAUACUCAGAUAUCAGCUGGUUAAAAUCCUCAAGUAUAAAAUGUUUGAGAAUAACAAUAUAAAAAAAGUGUAUAGACAGUAUGCCUUCAAAGACCACCCUCCAUAUUCAAUAGCGGAUAUUGUAAAAGAAGACUAUCCCAACAACGCAGAAGUGGAUCUGGAACCUUAUAUGAACAAAUCCCCUUGUGUACUACUAGGCACCAGUUCUUACAACAACGCUUAUAACAUGAUAACAUUUGUGGGAACAAGACAUAUAUUGGUUGUCAACAAAAGGAACGAAGUUCUUGGCAUUUUGACCAGGAAAGAUGUUUUAAUAUAUAGAGAACAUAGUUCAAUAUUUGGUGUCCAUGUUGUGAAACUACCUAAAGUUUAAUUAAACAUGAAUUUAACAA